CACCAACAUCUGCGGAAUGAGGUUCUUGGUCGCCUUCGUUGGCCUGUUGUGUGUGGCGAGAGCAGCAUUAUCCUUCCAUCUUCCUGCUGCCCAAUCCCCACUCUCCCUUGGCCUUCUUGCUGGGGAUGUGGCUGUUGACCGGGGGACCUCUCCACGCCUUAUGGCCACUGAUGAUGGUGAUUCACGUAUGAUGAGGGACGCCUCUGCUUCUGAUUCAGCUUCAUCUUCUGAAGAGUCUGAUGAUUCUAGCAAUUCGUCUUCACGCAUGAAGGGGGAUACUUCUGAAAAGGCUGAUGAUUCUAGCAAUUCGUCUUCACGCAUGACGGGGGAUACUUCUGAAGAGGCUGAUGAUUCUAGCAAUUCGUCUUCACGCAUGACGGGGGAUACUUCUGAAGAGGCUGAUGAUUCUAGCAAUUCGUAGCGGCAGCCCAACAAGGGAAAGCAGUGAGGAGGCAGCGCACUAACUACUGCACCCCGUCAUUACAAGGACAUGACAAUUAGGUUAGGUUUAAGUUGGGUCAGCUUUAGUCAUACAUGUCGAGGUAUCUUUGUGUGGGAAUAACAAUGAAAGUAUUUCCUAGAAUAUCUAGUGACUAGUUUCGGAGCGACAGGCGGCUGUCAUCACAGGGGAGCGCAUGUACUGCCAUAGGAAAAAUGUGACCCGGCACGCUAAGGCCCUGCAGCACGCGCCCUCACAUUCACUGCUCAGUAAUAAAAUUAAAUGGAAAAUAAAUUAAUUAUAAUAGAUAAAAAAAAUAAUAAAUAAAAAAAUAAAUGAAAUAGAAUAGAUAAAAAAAAUACACUUAAUAAAUAAAUGAAAACUGAAUAAAAGGAAAACGUAAUAAAAAUAAGAAUAAAAAAAUGAUUACAUAAAAUGAAAAUGCAAAUGAAUAAUCGGAAAUU